UAGUAGCGCUAAUCGUUGCUUAGAAACAACUAUCAACAAAACACUCCGGGGUGAACAGUUGGUUUGGGGUUGCUGCCAGUUUUUAGGUAUCCACUGUGACUAAUUCAUAAAAUUUUUUGUUAAGGUUUCUGGUAUUCUGAAGUCAGUUAAUGAGAGUCGUUUAGAGCUAGUUGUCACAGACGUUUGUGCCCCCUUAAAAAAUGGCAGUGCCUUUCUCAAACACUCACCUGCGGGUCCCGCGAGGAUUUGGUACCAUACUAGAGGGACUGACCCGUGAAGUCCUACGAGACCAGCCUGAAGACAUCCCCAAAUAUGCCACGCAGUACUUCGAAGCUCUUCUAAAAGAAAGACAAGAGAGUGGCAUGGACCCUGCCGAGUGGGCUGCUAAACUGGAAGAUAGAUUCUACAACAACCAUGCGUUCAAGAGCCCUGAGGUAGAGGAGUGCAGCCAGUCCCAGAAGAAGGAGGACAUUGUGGACAUCAUGGACAUCCCCCUGGAUGAUCCCGAGGCCAACAGGGCUGCUGCCAAAAUUCAGGCUGGCUUUCGUGGCCACAUGAUUCGUAAGCAGCUGAAGCCAGAGGUCAAAGAAGGAGAUAAGGAGGAGUGCAGCCGGCCCCAGGAGGAGGACAUCAUGGACAUCCCCUUGGAUGAUCCUGAGGCCAACAGGGCUGCUGCCAAAAUUCAGGCUGGCUUUCGUGACCGCAUGAAUCGUAAGAAGCUGAAACCAGAGGGCAAAAUAGAAGAGGAAAAGGAGGAGGGCAUCCAGCCCCAGAAAGAGGAGGACAUUGUGGACAUAAUGAACAUCCCCCUGGAUGACCCUGAGGCCAACAGGGCUGCUGCUAAAAUUCAGGCUGGCUUUCGUGGCCACAUGGAUCGUAAGAAGCUGAAACCGGAGGGCAAAAUAGAAGAGGAAAAGGAGGAGUGCAGCCGGCCCCAGGAGGAGGAGGACAUAAUGGACAUCCCCCUGGAUGAUCCCGAAGCCAACAGGGCUGCUGCUAAGAUUCAGGCUGGCUUUCGUGGCCACAUGACUCGCAAGAAGCUGAAGCCAGAGGACAAAACAGAAGGGGAGGAGAGACAGGAAGAUCGGGGGCAGUAGAGAGAGACGACACAUCUGUGCCAGAGCAGUGACACCCCUGUCCCGACCUGGAUGAAGAGAAAGAGGCAAAGCAAGGUAGUGAGAGACAGCCGGCAUACGCUGGCUAGGCUGGCUUUCAGGCAGACCUUUUUACCCCAGGAGUCUUUUUUCAACACAAAUUAGCAGUAGAAAAUGAACAGUUUUGAGGGUGUGUUAUGUGAAUCUUUUUUUCCCCCUUCUCUUUUUUUUUUGUGAACUUUAACACUCCUUCUCUGCUUCUUCAGCAGCCUCAUCAGUACGGAUGUCUUUGACCCAGAAUUUGCAACUCACUGCAUGUACUUGUGAAACUUCUGGUAGUGUGCUAGUUUUUAGACGAUGAUCUGUGAAAGUGAAAAUGAAUGUCCUCUAAAUGCUAAACAGAGCUUUUUUUUUCCUUUCUUUCUUUUUUUUUAUGGAUGGAUCACUUCAUAUGCUCUGUGUGUAAACCUCGUACGCAUCACGUUGGGUGAUUAGUGGCUUAAAAAGACUUCUUAUUUUGCAUUGUUUCCUGAUGUGCUUGUAUCUUGACAGUUAUUGACCUAUUUGACUUGCUUACAAGACUGAUUAAAACAUCAAAAGAAAAGUAGCUAUGUAUGUUCUAUUUGUUUAUCCUUUUGGUCACAUGGUUAGUGAAAUCGUUCUUUCCACAUUUCCAAGCAUUUUCUAUAAAUCUGAUCUUCCAGAACAGUACGCAUGCAGUAAUUUACACUCCUCUUUAUUUGUUUCUCCAGAUGCAUUUGGUACAGCUUUAAAUAAUAACACACUGGUUCAGUAUGCUCUGUUGUUGUGUUGGUGGGAUUUACUUGUUUGACUUCUGUUAAAUCGGGUGUGUAGAAAUCCUUUGUCCCUGUAUGCAGAGGCUUCAUGCUUUAAAAAAAAAAAAAAAAAAAAACACAAAAAAACUGAAUAGUACCUUGCUGAACUUCGGUGUAGAGACGUGGCAUUACACUAAUAAAUCCACCUUAAAUAUUCA